GCGGGCCGGGGUCGGGGCCGGGCGGGGGCGCCGCCGCCGCCAUCUUGGGGGGUGGGGGGCCGGGAGUGCAAAUGGCGCCGCCGGGCCGGGGCCCCGCGGGGGGGGAAGUGCGUUUAAACCCCCAGAAGGGGCAGAAACACCGCAAACCCGUCCGUGGACGUCGGCAGAACGCCGGCUUAAGUUUUUUGCACGGUCAUGAGGUGUUCACAGUUUCUGAGGUGGUGGUUACCCAGUUUUGACCCAAGAAGUUGAAGAGAAAAUCGGGGUUAUCCCACUUGGGCGCCGCUCCGGUGAAACUCCUCGGGACUGUGACAACUCAGAAAUACUAACAAACAUAAAUCCAGUGCAGUAGAAACAAUUCUUGGAGACCUCGCCAAAACCAGAAAGAUUUUAAGUUUGAAAACAGAGAUUUUACAUGACGAAAAAAACAAAAAAAAACAUGAAAAUGUUUGGCAGCAAAUUCAAAAUGCAGAACUAAUGGAAUGGGGAUUUUAGGAGGGGAAGUCUGCGCUGAAUAAAUAGAAGGAUAAAUAUAAUCAUUCAAAAAUAUCGAUCGGCUGCGGGUAGGGAUCGGUGUGGGACAGUCUGAGUGAUGUUUGGUGUCAGGAGAAAGGGAUUAGGACAGUUUUAUGGGCUCCUGGUGCCGCAAGGAAUCGGAUUAGAUUUAUGCUAUGAAAACAUUUAAUUUAUUCAAUUACUGCCCAGAUAAAUUUUUAAAAAUAGCCUGUAACUGGGAUUAAGAGAUAAAGAGAUCUGAUAUUUUGUGCCAAAUUGUAAAAGACCUUUCUGGUCCAUGUUUUAUUAUACAGUAAAACAGAAGUAAAAAGGAGGGAAACAGGGACUUGAUGCUUCAAACUUUCCUUCCCUACACAGCAGUUAAGAGUAGUCUGAUGUGAUCUAAUCAGUGUUUUGCUUCCUCAAUUUAUGAUCUAUAAUCUACUCAGAUUAUAUGUUUUUGAGGAUGGGAGCAGUCUUUUCCUGAGCAAGUAUUCCUGCUUGGCCCUGGGAGCUAUGUAAUAAUGAUUAAUAGGAGUCCCCAGUGUAGUCUGCUGGAUUGCAGUCUUACAAAGUAAUUACAGAUGCAAUUAAAACAGAGGAUGUUUUUGGCCUCUGCGCACUGGUUUUGCCCUAAAAUUGAUUGCACUUUAUACUGCAAGUAAUCCCAUUAAAGUUGAACAUGUAUGAAAUGAAUUGUAAUUCCCGGUGAGUGCUGGGGUGGAAUCAGAGCCCAGUUUGAGCUGCUGAGGACAGCUGGGUAGGUUGUGCAGAGACCUCCAUUUGUCCUGGCCAGAGGUGAUUUAUUCUGUCUUCAUGGUUAUAUUGCCAUAAUGAGCAAGUUGCAGGAGGGUGAGUGGGUACACAGCCAGACGUACUCUGCAGAACUGCUGCCCCACUGACUCCUCAGUACUCGGGGUGUGUUUUCCUUGUAUCAGCCAUGCUGUUUGUCAACAAUUUUAUCACCAAUUCUUUAUUUACUGAAAUUUUAAGGCUUUACACUGAUUUUUAAAAGUAGCAUUGUGAAUUUAUUUAAAGCAGUGUCUGCAGUCUUACAUUAAAUGUGCUUAAAAUUGUGUUGGUUUAUCUGCAGGAGAAGGCCUCACUUCUAUCUUCAUGCAAAGCAUGUAGUGCAGACACUUCUGGGUAUGACAAUAUAUUCCAUUGGUAUUGAGGGAUGUGGAUUUGAGGAUGAAGCUUCAGUGUAACCCCAUUAUCCUCUUCCAUGAGUGCUGGUAGUUUUUGAGAGAUUACAUGUGCUGCAAUCCUGACACUGGGACAUGGAAUCAGAUUCUCUCAGGAUGAUGAUGGAGAUCUUAAAAUCAUGGAAUACCCUGAGCUGGAAGGGACCCACAGAGAUCAUGGAGUCCAAGUGCUGGCAUAGGACACCCCAACAAUCCCACUGUGGGGGUUGUCAGAUAAGGUGUGGAGUGUCCAUGUGCCAGUCCAUGCCUCACCUCUGGGCAGGAAAGUGUUCUGGAGGCCUAAAUCCCAUUCUCAGAAUUGCAUAGUUUGAAUAUCAAGGAAAUGUAGAUAAACUGGAUCAAAACCAGAUUGACCCACAGCAGUGAUUACUCUGGGCAUUUACAGUCUCUCUGUGAAAUAACAAGGUGAUUCUUGAGUUGCAGUGUUGGUUCUUCUUCCUCACACGCUGUUCUCUCUGUCCCAUAUUUUCUGUAAUUUUUAAUCUAUUUCAGCCUUUCCUCAAGCCCUCCAAUUGUGCUGCAUGGGCACAAGAGCGGGAAGAAGGAGACACAGUGGGAUGAAAAAUCAGAUUGGAGAUUUGGGGGAAAAAUGACCAAUGCCAAGACAAGCUGUGCCCUGCUCUGAUUCCCAAACCUGUGAGCAAAUGGAUUGCUUUGAGAAUGGAAAGAUUUGUACUCAAACAGGCUUCCAGCAGCACAGGGAGAGGUACAGAAAUCCCAGAUUUUCCCCAUCUUUUGUUUGAAAACAUUUGAAGGGAGCAUGGUGUUACUGUGAGUAGAAUGAACCUGUCAGACCAAGUGUUACAGUUCUCUAUCCAGGAAAUCCUGCAGACACCUUUCAUUUCUACAGGUCCUCAGCCCAGGCCUCCUCAUUCCAAGAAGUUCAGUGACACUGGAAACAGUGCAGGAAUAAUGCUUUAAUUUUAUAUUGCUUUUGAUUUUGGAUGUUUAACGAUAUCAAAGACAUUCCAGAUGAUUGCAGAAACGGGAAAUAAUGAAAAUCUUACUACCAGCAGUGGCAAUCAGGUGACUGAGGCUGGCAGACCUGUCAGACGUCUCCGGAGGAAGAGAAGAUUGCCUCUGGAUUCAGAGGAUGAGGAGGAAAAUGCAUAUGAGGAUGAGGAGAAGAAUAAAUCAAAUAAUAUGAAAAGCCGCAGAAACACUAAACCAAUAAAACAAGUGCUUCCUGGAAAGAAGAAGGCAUGGAACUGGUCUUCCUACUUGGAAGAGGAACAGAUGCCAGCUGCUCCCCAAAAGCUGUUCAGAGAGUAUCAGUCAUUCCCACAAGGCCGAAAUGGAUUUAAAGUUGGAAUGAAAUUGGAAGGGGUGGAUCCGGAACACCCUGCUCGAUUCUGUGUUCUCACCGUUGCUGAGGUCCAGGGGUACAGGAUGCGACUGCACUUUGAUGGUUACCCAGAGUGCUACGACUUCUGGGCUAAUGCUGAUUCCUCAGACAUCCACCCUGUGGGCUGGUGUGAAAAAACAAGCCAUAAGCUGCUCCCUCCUAAAGGUUUCAAGGAGGGAGAAUUUAAUUGGACUUCCUAUCUGAAGAACUGCAAAGCUCAAGCAGCUCCAAAAAGCCUUUUUAAGACCCCCAGCAGUCCUGUCACACCUUCUGGGUUUCGUCUGGGAAUGAAACUGGAGGCAGUGGACAAGAAGAACCCAUCACUGGUUUGUGUUGCCACCAUCACAGACAUGGUGGAAAACCGGCUGCUGAUCCAUUUUGAUAACUGGGAUGAGAGCUACGACUACUGGUGUGAAACGAGCAGCCCAUAUAUCCGUCCUGUCGGCUACUGCCAAGAAACUGGAACUCCACUGACAACACCACCUGGACACAGGGAUUCCAAAGCCUUCUCGUGGGAGAAGUACUUGGAAGAAACUAAUUCCCAAGCAGCCCCUGCAAGAGCCUUUAAAUUGCGUCCUCCUCACGGAUUCCAGGUUAAUACGAAGUUAGAGGCUGUGGACAGACGAAAUCCCAUCUUGAUAAGAGUGGCAACAAUCAUUGACAAAGACAGCCAUCGCAUUAAGAUACAUUUUGAUGGCUGGGACCAUGACUAUGAUUUCUGGGUGGAUGCAGACAGCCCUGACAUCCAUCCUGUGGGCUGGUGUGACAAAACUGGACACGCUCUGCAAGUCCCUCGAGGCGCUGAAGAUCCAGAGGGAGCAGUGGGACAGGCGUGUCCUACUCCGGGCUGCCAGGGGAUCGGGCACGUCCGGGGCCCCCGAUAUGGAACACAUUACACCUUAGUUGGCUGCCCAUACUCUGAUAUGAACCUCAGCAGAGAAAACCUCUUACAGGACCGGCUGAGUGGGGAGAGACCUUCCCUUGGGAACAUCAUGCAGAAAGCCAAGAGGCUGGAGACGCCUGGCCCAUUGCUGGGAGCAGGGGAGUCUUCUCAGGGUGACUCUUCACAAUCCAGAAAAUCUGCACCAGACAGUGAAAAGUGGUGUCAAAGCAGCAUCCACACUCCAUCAGAGCAGUCAGAAGACAGUCGGGAGAGAGGCUGGGGAGAGGAGGAUUUCUCUGCAGAUAUCAAAGCUGCACCAAAAAUGCUUGGGUGCUCACAUGCCUAUAUCAAGUUUCAGCUGGUGAAACAGGAAAGCAAUGCAAAAGACCCUGAUUUGGAUCUCCAGCAGGCCCUACACCAGUCUAUCUUCAUGCCUUCCCUGGCCUCUAACCCGACCCACCGCCUCCAUCUUUUCUGGGAGCAGCACUGCAGGCUCUUGCCGGAGGUCUCAGGCCUGACAGCCAAACAAGUUGCCAAAUGGACAGUGGAGGAGGUGGUGAGCUUUAUCCAGCGUUUACCUGGCUGCAAAGAACAAGCAUCUGUGUUCAGGGAAGAGCAGAUUGACGGUGAGGCCUUCCUGCUCCUCAAGCAGAACGACAUCAUUAAAAUACUCAGCAUCAAACUGGGCCCUGCCCUGAAGAUUUACAAUGCCAUCCUCAUGUUCAAGUCUGCAGAAGACAACUGAAAAGAGGCCUUUGGCAGAUCCAGGAGGAAUUGACAGGCAAUGGAUCUUGAGCUGUGAGCAUUACAACACGCCAGACAGGUGGACUGGGACUCUGAUAUAUUUUAAGGAGAACUUAGUAAAAAUGUUUUGAGGUUAUAAAGAUCCUGCCACAGUCUGGAAUAUGGGGCAGCUUCACUUCCAAGAAGAGGAUAUUAUUAUAUUUUGUAAUUGAAUUUGGUUUUGAUAUAUCAAUCUCUUUUUGAGAUCACGAAGAAACCUCCAGUUCUAAGGGGAAUCCAGGGUAGCACUGGUGGAGCUGCAGGAGCAAGCAGAAAGUUUUGAGUAAAACUGGCUUUGUGUCCAGUGAUAGUGCCUGAAAGACUGAGUGAUCACCAGUGAGAUUGUGUUCUGCAUAAUAAAAGAGAGAGGAAAAAGAUGCACUUCAAAGCAAUCCCCCUGUAUCCUUCACUGCUGUGACUCAGGAGCUGACCUUUUCAGGACUGAUUGUUAAAUUCCAGUUUUUCGUACUGCUCCUGGUUGUUGUGACAACAACAACUAACCCUGGGCUGCUGGACUGCUUACACCCGGCAGGAAGGCAGCGUGGGCAGAGGGUUUCCAUCAGGGAUGGCAUGCACUGGUUCUGCCAGCAAGCAAAAUGUCUUCAUUCCUGUCAUUCCCUGUCAGGAGGCAGGGGCAGUGCAGGUGGGCUUUGGGUAGGCAAAGAUCCCAUAAGGGCAUCUGCUGCUGGAGACAGAGAUGUGUUUUAGCUGUAAUUCUCCCAUCAGUGCUUUUGUGCAGCUCCUUCUGUGCCAGGAACAUCUGGCAAAAUGGCACAAUCAGGAGCACUUGGGGAUUGGUGUGUGUUUGUUCUUGCCCUCUCCACUGUCAGCCAAAUGCUAGGAAUAGGAGCUGGAAAGCCAGCAGUGGCCAGAGUGUGCGUGUAAACAAAUUUCCUAGAAACAAAUGGCUUUUCUUUUGAACCAUCCAAACUGAUGAAUGUGAAGUGCUUUGGCCUUUGUCCCUUGAGGUGGACUUCAGCGUGUUCCGAUGGAGAGCUGGAGGGCAGGACAGCACCUCCUCUGCCUCUGGGAGGGGAGCAGGCAUGGCACACAGGGAUGUGAGAUUAGAGAGGAAUCAGGACUUAAACAGCAAAAUGGGGUAACAGUUACUUCCCAAAAGAGAGCUGCUGUGUGUGGGGAAAGCAGUGGAGUCUGGGGCUGUGUUCCUGCACGUGCAGCCUGUGCUCUCCUGGGUGGGAGCACAGGUGGUUCCUGCUCCAGCACAGCCAGUUUAAGGAGCAUGCCCAUGGACAUCCUGGGUGGGGGUUUCUACACAGGUACUUCCUGAUUUGUCCUCUCCCCAUGGAAGCCCUGGCAGACGUGGUGAGUCCUGCUGGCUCCUGCUCCGUCUUGCUGGCAGCACCAGCUCGUGGCUCUCCCUCUGCCACUCUCCCUGAUGGCUGUUUGGCUGUUCUAGAACCACUUCAGCUCAGGCAGCCCUUGCUGCUCCUCCUCCAUAGCUGCCAGGCUGAAUCCUGUGUGUGGACACCCAUGGGAGUACUGGGGGUAUGACCUGGAGCUGCCAAAGGCAGGUUCUGCCCCCAGCCUCUGCCAGUGUGUGGGUGUCUCAGGGCGCUGCAUGGUGAUGUGAUCCAUCCACAGGCACCUCAGACUCCUUUGGCAUCUCUGCCACCAGCGUGGCUUCCCAGGAGCUGUCAGGAACAGAGCAAACACGCUGUCCAUACUGUGUGGUGACACAAGGAACACACUUGUUCGCCCUUCCUGCAUCACCCACAUCCGUUGUCCAACUUUCCUGCCACUGAGAAGGUUCUUGUGACUUGUCUGAAGCAGAAGGGUCCUUAAAAUUGUAAAUAGAAUCCACACCACUGAAGUAAUCCAGUUCUGGAAUAAUAUUUAGAGCAGUUUGUUUCCAUAUAUUUUUUUUGUUAAUAAGAAUUUAAGGAGUUUAAGCCUUCACAGAGAAGACACAGGUUUAGUGGGACAUUUAAUAGCUGAACCAUUAAAUAUCAUCCAGGCAGCUGCAGGGGAGAAAUUUAUUGCAGUGUUAAGGACUAGGCAAGGGGUGAAUUUAGUUUAUUAAAAUACAUUUUUAAUACGAUAACCAGGAUAUUCACCAAAGAGUCACAUCCCUUUAUCUCACUCUGCAUAUCCAGUGUCAACAUUAAGACUUGAAUUGUAAGUGGCAUGUUCUAUCCUCUGACAGAACUCGCCUUCUGGGCAGAGCAAAAUUGUUUCUUGACAACUGGAACAGAGAAUCCAGAGCUGGGCUAUUUUAUUCCUGGCUCUCCACUGACUUGCUAAAUAACCCUGAGCCCUUCCUUGCUCCAGUUUCCCCCUCUGGGACUCCCAGCCAGGUGGGGUAAGUGCAAUUUUGCCUUUUUCUUGUUUCAAGCAAACGGGUCCUGCCAGAUUUCUGUUUCACCUCCUUCCUUUGGGAGCCUGAUUUGGGGACAGCAGAUUGCCUCUAGCAAUAAACCAAAAUAUAAUAGUAAUUCAUUUAUUUUAUUAUAUAUAGAUGGAGGAUGAAGAGAAUCAGUUAAACAAGCAAUGAGAUUCUAGUCAGUGACAUUAUUCAAACAGAAGAGAAAUCUUUAAUCCUUGGGGCUUCCGAGCCAGCUGGAUCAAAGAGGAAAAUGUGUACUUGGAGGUUGUUCAGUGACAGCCAGCACAGUGCUUUCAGCAGGGGGGAAGGAGGAACCUUUUAGGGACAAAAGAAGGUGGAAUGUGCUUCUUGUGCCUUUUUUUGUAAUCUGAUAAUUGUCUUUGCAAAGCAAGCAAGAAUGUGCACACAUGUGUUACCCACUCCUUUCCCAAAUAUAGCUGUAUUCCAAUUAAAUCCGGCAACUUCACAGGACAAAAAGACUUCUAGUGUCUUCACUGGACACAUUUGAAACUCCCUGAUAUUUACAAGAUAGAAAAAAACUAAACCAUCUCAUCUUUUAGCCCCAUAACUUAAGAAUUCAUCAGUUGCUGGUGCCAUUCCACUUGUGUCAGGGAGUGCUGCUUUCCACUGUGUUGUUCCUGCUGCCUGUCCAAACUCUGCUGUUCCCCGUCCUGCUCCAGGCUUGUGGCACAGCCAGGGAUUUGCAGAGGCCCUUGGUUAUCUGAUGCCGUGUGUAAUUUGAAAUGUGCACUUUGAAGCAAAAAUAAAAAAGUUGUGACUCUGUGGGGAGCAAACCUGAAGCUGGUUAAUGCCUGCUGGGAUUGGGAGGAUUUUGAGUCUGCUGGAUGUCAGCAAGAAGCAGUUGUUGGCCCAGCUGAACCCAGGAGUCUCUUAGUAAUACAGAUAUAUUCCUUAGAAGCAAUUCGGAGCUGUGACAAGUUCCCAUGGGCCAGCAGUGCAAUUAGGAAUUUCCAGUUCUCAAAAUCUUAUUCCUGGCUGUGUUUUUGUUCCCUUUUUUGUUGUUUUUGAAAGUCAAAGUAAUCACAUUUUUUCUCCUUUUCUCCUCUUUUACUCGGCUGGGAGUCCUGUUAAAUUUUUUCUGUGCCAUCACCAAGAAUCAUCCCCAUAAUCCAGUAGCAGCAAAUUUCAGCUCUGGGUAUUGAAUCACAUUAAAGUUGGACAGGAGCAAUUGGCAUCACUGACAGCAAAACUGCCGCUGAAGGAAAAGCCCAACCCUCAGCCCAGGGAUAAGCCAGUUCAGCUGUACAAGAUUUCCUGCCUGCUACUUUUAUGCCCUCCUUAGGGAUUUAUACCACAGAGAGCUUUAAUGUUUUUGACAUCCCCCCCAUGAUGUGAUGAGCCAGCUUAUUUUGGAAAUUCCUGUUAGUUGAACUGGAAGCACGUGCAGGGAAAGAGAGCAGGGGCUUGGCUCAGCCUCAGAAAUGUCUGCCUGUUUUAAACCAAAUACUUGAGCUUUUCAACACUAGCCAUGACCUUGCAUUCCACUGAUGCUUUCCUCUGGAAAUGUGAAUAAAAUUAAUAUAAGUUCA